AUGGAGGAGAAAGAGAGGUUUAACACUUCCCUGCAACCAUGGGUGAGAUUCAAGAGUCAAAAGAAAACAGGUAAGCCUAACCCCAAACCAGAAUCAAUUGAACGAGUCUCAAGACUCUCAACCACACCAUGCAAAAGGAAUUGCCACUUGUUAUUGGCAAAUGUGAUAGCCACAGGUCACUCUUUAGAUGCACGAAUUCUGCCUAACCAGAUGCAUGUUUCAUAUAUGAGACACUUACCAGCUCAGAAAUUUGAACUUUGUUCAGGUUGA